AUGUCUGCAGCGGCAACGGCUAUGCCACAGGCAGCUUUAGAGAAAGAUUCCGCUUUCGAAUCUCUUCUCAAACCGGUUUACAAAGGCAAGAAACUUACCGAUGAGAUCAACACUGCAGAAGACAAAUGGAACCUUUUGCCGGCUUUUCUGAAAGUUAAAGGUCUGGUCAAACAGCAUUUAGACUCCUUCAACUAUUUUGUGGACGUUGAUCUGAAAAAGAUCAUCAAGGCAAAUGAACUGGUUCUCAGUGACGUAGACCCGGAAUUCUACCUCAAGUACGUGGAUAUCAGAGUGGGCCAAAAGUCAAGCUCGUCAACUAAAGACUACCUUGUUCCUCCACAUGAGUGUAGACUUAGAGAUAUGACGUAUUCGGCUCCUGUAUACGUGGACAUCGAAUACACCAGAGGCAGAAACAUCAUCAUGCAUAGAGACGUGGAAAUCGGUAAAAUGCCCAUCAUGCUACGUUCAAACAAGUGUAUUCUCAACGGUGCAUCUGAAAGUCAAAUGGCCAGGAUAAACGAGUGUCCGCUUGACCCCGGUGGGUACUUUAUCGUCAACGGUACCGAAAAGGUGAUUCUGGUCCAAGAACAACUGUCUAAGAAUCGUAUCAUUGUAGAAGCGGAUGAAAAGAAGGGAAUUGUACAGGCUUCUGUGACAUCGUCCACACAUGAGAGAAAAUCGAAGACCUAUGUCAUCACCAAAAAUGAUAAGAUCUAUCUGAAGCACAAUUCCAUUGCCGAAGAAGUGCCUAUUGUUCUUGUACUCAAAGCUUGUGGUAUCGUUUCAGAUCUUGAAAUCAUGCAACUCGUCUGUGGUAACGACAGCAGUUAUCAAGAUAUCUUCGCGAUCAAUUUGGAAGAGGUUGCGAAAAUGAAAAUCUACACACAGCAACAGGCGCUUGAGUACAUCGGCUCAAAAGUCAAGACUGUCAGACGUCAAAAGCUCACAACCUUGCAAGAGGGUAUCGAGGCCAUCGCAACUACUGUGAUUGCUCAUUUAACGGUCGAGGCCUUAGAUUUCAGAGAAAAAGCUCUGUAUGUUGCAGUCAUGACGAGAAGAGUAGUAAUGGCAAUGCAUAAUCCCAAAAUGAUUGACGAUAGAGAUUACGUCGGUAACAAGAGAUUGGAACUCGCAGGACAGCUAAUGUCUCUUCUUUUUGAGGAUCUGUUCAAGAAAUUCAAUAACGAUUUCAAGGCAAACAUCGACAAAGUUCUCAAAAAGCCAAACAGGGCCAUGGAGUAUGAUGCUCUUCUCUCUAUCAACGUCCAUUCCAAUAACAUCACAACCGGUUUGAAUAGAGCCAUCUCCACGGGUAACUGGUCUCUGAAAAGAUUCAAAAUGGAAAGAGCUGGUGUCACUCAUGUUCUCAGUAGACUGUCUUACAUCUCUGCGCUCGGAAUGAUGACAAGAAUUUCAUCGCAAUUUGAGAAGUCUCGUAAGGUAUCAGGACCAAGAGCUUUACAACCGUCUCAAUUUGGUAUGCUGUGCACUUCAGAUACUCCAGAAGGUGAGGCCUGUGGUUUGGUUAAAAACCUUGCACUCAUGACACACAUCACAACAGAUGACGAAGAGGAGCCUAUCAAAAAGCUAUGCUAUUUAUUGGGUGUAGAAGAUAUCACUGUUGUUGACAGUGAUACCCUGCAUCUCAACUACUGCGUUUACUUAAACGGUACCAUUGUUGGUGUUAUACGCUUUCCAACGAAGUUCGUUUCUCGCUUUAGAAACUUGAGAAGAGCAGGAAAGCUAUCAGAUUUUGUUUCCAUUUACACUAACUCCCAUCAAAAAGCUGUGCAUAUUGCUACAGAUGGUGGCAGAGUGUGUCGUCCGUUGAUAAUUGUCUCCGAUGGGAAGUCGCGUGUUGAAGCAGAGCAUUUGAGAAAACUACUGGACGGUAAGCUUCAAUUUGAUGAUUUCCUCAAGCUGGGGCUAGUUGAGUAUCUCGAUGUGAACGAGGAGAACGAUUCCUUCAUUGCACUAUAUGAAAAGGAUAUCGAACCCAGAAUAACUCAUUUGGAAAUUGAACCCUUUACCGUUUUGGGUGCCGUCGCUGGUUUGAUUCCAUAUCCCCACCAUAAUCAAUCGCCUCGUAAUACUUAUCAAUGUGCUAUGGGUAAGCAAGCUAUUGGAGCAAUUGCCUACAAUCAGUUCAAGAGAAUUGAUACACUAUUGUACCUCAUGACAUAUCCACAACAGCCCAUGGUGAAAACUAAAACCAUUGAACUCAUCGACUAUGACAAAAUACCUGCCGGCCAAAAUGCCACUGUUGCCGUCAUGUCUUACUCCGGUUAUGAUAUCGAAGAUGCGUUGGUUCUCAACAAGGCAUCAAUUGAUAGAGGCUAUGGUCGGUGUGAAACCAGAAGAAAACUCACCACCGUGCUAAAGAGAUACCCAAAUCACACACAAGACAUGGUUGGUGGUAUGAGAGUUGAUGAAAAUGGUGAGCCCAUUUGGCAGCAUAAAGCUCUGGGUCCCGACGGGCUCGGUGAGGUGGGCAUGAAGGUAGAGAGUGGUCAAAUUUAUGUCAAUAAAUCCGUGCCCACGAACGCCUCCGACAGUGUAUUAACUCAAACACAGGCUCAAUAUAGAGAAACACCAGUAGUGUACAGAGCCCCAGAACCAUCUCAUAUUGACCAGGUGAUGAUGUCUGUCUCCGAAAACGAUCAAGCUUUGAUAAAAGUUCUUCUACGACAGAACAGAAGACCAGAAUUGGGUGACAAGUUUUCUUCCAGGCACGGUCAGAAAGGUGUUUGUGGUAUCAUCGUCAACCAAGAAGAUCUGCCUUUCAAUGAUCAGGGUGUGGUGCCGGACAUUAUCAUGAACCCUCACGGUUUCCCUUCUCGUAUGACUGUCGGCAAAAUGAAAGAGUUGGUAUCAGGUAAAGCUGGAGUUCUUAAUGGUACACUAGAAUACGGUACCUGUUUUGGUGGUUCCAAGCUUGAGGAUAUGACGGGAAUUUUAGUACAAAAUGGUUUCAACUACUCAGGAAAAGAUAUGCUGUACUCUGGUAUCACAGGUGAGUGUCUGCAAGCGUAUAUUUUCUUUGGUCCCAUCUAUUAUCAGAAGCUAAAACACAUGGUGUUGGAUAAAAUGCACGCAAGAGCCCGAGGUCCAAGGGCUGUUCUCACUCGUCAACCCACUGAAGGUAGAUCUAGGGAUGGUGGUCUUAGAUUGGGUGAAAUGGAAAGGGAUUGUGUUAUUGCAUAUGGUGCGUCCCAACUGCUUCUAGAAAGACUGAUGAUUAGUUCGGACGCGUUUGAAGUUGAUGUCUGCACCCAGUGUGGUCUGAUGGGCUACAGCGGAUGGUGUACUACCUGCAAAAGUGCUGAGCACAUCAUCAAAAUGACUAUUCCUUACGCCGCCAAGCUAUUGUUCCAGGAACUUUUGUCGAUGAAUAUCGCCCCACGUUUGAAACUCGAAGACGUUUUCGAGGAAUAG